AAAAUGGCCGGUCUCCGAGCAAAGACGUUGAUGUUCGUUUUGGUGGCCGUGUUAGCGACUUUUGUGGAGGCAGACUUCAAGAAGAAUAUGAUCGUUACAUGGGGCAAAGAUCAUAUUGGUAUGACUAGUGACAACCUUCGACUUGUCCUAGACAAAUCUGCAGGAUCUGCUAUUCGAUCAAAGGUGGCUCAUUUGUUUGGAAGCGUUGAAAUGCUCAUCAAACUUGUGCCAGGGAAUUCAGCUGGAACCGUUGCAGCUUACUAUUUAUCGUCAACGGGAAGUGCACACGAUGAGAUAGACUUCGAGUUCCUAGGGAAUGCGACUGGUCAGCCUUACACGAUUCACACCAACAUAUUUGCUCAAGGGAAAGGAAACCGUGAGCAACAAUUCCGGCCAUGGUUCAAUCCAACUAAUGGUUUCCAUAACUAUACCAUCCAUUGGAACCCGUCCGAAGUUGUGUGGUUCGUCGAUGGAACUCCGAUCAGAGUAUUCAGGAACUACGAGAAAGAAGGAAUCGCAUACCCAAACAAGCAAGGUAUGAAAGUGUUUGCGAGUCUAUGGAACGCAGACGACUGGGCAACACAAGGAGGUCGAGUGAAGACUAACUGGACACUAGCACCAUUUGUGGCCGAGGGUCGUCGGUACAAGGCAAGAGCUUGCUUGUGGCAGGGACCAGUCAGCAUCAAGCCAUGCGCAGACCCAACUGUACGAUCUAACUGGUGGACAUCACCAUCGUUCAGCCAACUCACUGCUUCUCAGCUCACGAGGAUGCAAAAGAUACGAGAUGGGUUCAUGAUCUAUGAUUAUUGCAAAGACACUAACAGGUUUAAAGGUGUUAUGCCUCCGGAAUGCUCCAAGAGGCAGUUCUAAACUAAACCUUUUUUUUUUUUUUUGAUAAUAAUUCAUUCUUUCGAAUCUCUCGAUCGUAUUCUGUUUUUUUUUUCUUUUUUCAUGUGUGUUUGAUUCAUCUAUGACUCGAAUUUGUGCAAUCAUAAUAAACAAGGAGAAGUACUUUUCUUUUUCUGCAAAAA